UAUCUUUGGUUUUAGUGCUCGCGGUGUCGGGCGGCGCAGACAGCAUGGCGCUGGCAUUCGUGGUCAGCCAGGCAGCCGGCGCGCACAACUGCCAUGCAGUGACAGUGGACCACCGGCUGCGCGCCGAGAGCGCCAGUGAGGCCGCCGCCGUCGAGCGCUACAUGCGGCAGCUGGGGAUCACACACGAGACGCGCGCGCUGCACUGGGCGGCGUACCCACCGGCGCAGCGGCUGGAGGAGGCAGCGCGCGCGCAGCGGUACGCCGAGCUGUCGCAGGCAUGCUGCCAGCAGGGCAUCUCUUGUGUGAUCACUGGGCACCACGGCGGCGACCAGGCAGAGACGUUUCUGCUGCGGCUGCUGCGGCACAGCGGCGUCUACGGGCUAGCUGCCAUGCCGCUGCAGGCGCCGCUGCCAACCGCGCGUGGCCAGGAUGCCCAGGUGGUCGUGCGGCCGCUGCUGGGCAUCGCCAAGCCGCAGCUGUACGCACUGUGCCGUCGCGAGCGCAUCCCGUGGCACGAGGACCCAAGCAAUGCCAGUGCGGACUUCCGCCGCAACGCCCUGCGCCGUGCCAUCGCUGCGCGCGAGCUCGAGCCGCGCUCGCCCAUUGCUGCGCCGGCGCUGCUGCGCGUCUGCGCCGCCAUGCAGCGCCACCGUGCGUUUAUUAAUUUGCGCCUGGCCGAGCUUCUGCGCUCAGCCGCGCGCUUCGACGCACCGACGGGCACCGUGGAGCUGAGCGCCAGCGCGGACACGGGCUGCGCCGGCGUGCCGCGCUGGGCGGCGAACCCUGCGCUGCGCGAGCGGCUGCUGGCAGCGGCUGUCGGCUGGGUCGGCUGCAGCGCUGCGCCGCCGGAGCUCGCGCACCUGGACACGUUCGCGCGCGCCAUUGCGGGCAACGUUGGGUGCACGACCGGCGGCGUCACGCUGCUGCCGCCAACGACCAAGCGCGGCUGGCUUCUGUGCCGCCAGCCGCCGCGCUCUGCGGAAAUCGCCGCCGUCGCGGGCGUGGCGCUGGGCGGCUCGGCACUGUGGGACAACGGGCGGCUGCUGAUCACCGUGGAUCACCGGGAUGGAUCAGCCGGGGCGGGCAAUCGUAGUUGGAGCGUGCAUUCGCUGGAUGAUGCCAUGCGCCAGUGGCAUGCGCCCAUCGAGGCCCACCGCCAUUGGCUGAAAGGGGAGUGCCGGCUGCCGCUGCCGCUGCCGCCUGUGCUGGCCGGCAUGCCGGUGGUGUGCGUCAACGGCGCGCCUGUGUUUGCCCUGGGCCGCGCUGUUGAGGGCGCAUUGCGCGAUGUCAGCGUCAGUGUGCGCUCGCCCAGAAGCGUGCCGUUUGCUGCAGGCACACCAGAGGAAAUCGUCGCAUGA